ACUCAGAUUAUCUCCAUCAUCCUGCCGCUGAGAUGUCGACUCCAGAUGCAGCAGGGACUCCCGGGGGCCCGGACGGUGAGGGGGGCCCUCCGGCUGCGGCCCCCAACCUCACCAGCAACAGACGUCUGCAGCAGACACAAGCACAGGUGGACGAGGUGGUGGACAUCAUGCGUGUGAACGUGGACAAAGUCCUGGAGAGAGACCAGAAGCUGUCGGAGCUGGACGACCGGGCCGACGCGCUGCAGGCCGGAGCCUCGCAGUUCGAGAGCAGCGCCGCCAAACUCAAGAACAAGUACUGGUGGAAAAACUGCAAGAUGAUGAUCAUCAUGGCGGUUAUAGGUGUUAUAUGUUUCGGAGUCAUCUUCUGUAAGUAA